UCAGUAAUUCAUGAAACCAUACUCGCCAAACGCGAAGUGGCGCGGGAGCUUGCUGGCGGGAAUCAGCGACGGGACCGGCGGCUUCUGGAGGAGAAGAGGAGUUCGUGACUGGCUUGUUGGGUAAGAGAUUCCCUUCAGCGCGGAUUUCAGUUAAAUUAGGGGAAUCCCCGUAUUUCGCCAAGCCGGGAUUAAAGAAGAAUGAGCAGGAUGAAGGGGCUCAUAAGAACUCUCAGAAUAAUAAGUCAGCCUCAGGUCAUUCCUCUGUCAAGGGGAAACAAAGGUUCAUCUUACCAAUGUCUGGCUAGCGCCACUACAACUUCAGGUCAUACCAAUGUUGAGAAGCCUGUUGAGAAUGCUUCUUCUGAAGGCAAACAAACUGGAAACUCGGAUCAAACCAAUCCACCUAGUAGAUCUAUUCGUGGAGGGCCUGUGUCAUGGCUUAGCCUUGUUUUGUUAAUUAUGACUGGCGGAGGACUAAUUUUCUAUUAUGACCGAGAGAAGAAGCGGCAUAUAGAAGGACUGAAGGCUGCAACGAGCUCAGUUAAACAGGGACCAUCUGUGGGAACUGCUGCCAUUGGUGGUCCAUUUAAGCUGGUUAAUCAUGAUGGGAAAUCUGUUACUGAAAAGGAUUUUUUGGGGAAGUGGACUUUAAUAUACUUUGGAUUUACACACUGCCCGGAUAUUUGCCCUGAUGAACUCCAGAAAAUGGCUACAGCUAUUGAGAAAAUUAAAUCAACGGCAGGCUUGGAAAUUGUCCCUGUUUUUAUAUCUGUUGAUCCGGAGAGAGAUUCAGUUGAGCAAAUACAUGAUUAUGUAAAAGAAUUUCACCCUGAUUUAAUUGGAUUGACUGGUACACCAAGUGAGGUUAGACAAGCUGCUCGUGCUUAUCGAGUUUAUUAUAUGAAGACUGAAGAAGAAGGUUCUGAUUAUCUUGUCGACCACUCUAUUGUCAUGUACCUAAUGAACCCAAAUAUGGAGUUUGUGAAAUUUUAUGGCAAGAAUUACGAUGUUGAUUCACUUGCUGAUGGCAUAAUCAAAGAGAUAAAACAGUACAAAAAGUGAAAAGAUGCUCACUGACUUUAAAUUGUGACCAGAGGUUCUUGUGUCGAUUUAAGAAUGAAGAGUCUUAGCAGAAGGAUCAGAAUGGCUUAUAUUUAUCAUUUCUGAAAUGUAAAAGACUCUAUUUUUCAUGAUUUAUUCAUUUAUUCUAUAAGACAGUUCUUAUAGGGUAAAAUUUUGUUAUAAAAAGCCAGUUUCUGAUUCUUAUGAUUCAAUUUUGCGGCAGUUGGAAAAUGCUGUAUUGAAGGCUGAACUUCCACUUAGGGCUGAACCAAACAUUAAAUA